AUGGGACGCAGGAAACAAGUCCUCGACGCCGCCGUCUCUGAUCUCCGAUCCCUCGGGAUUCAGGCUAUUGGAUUGGAAGGAUCAGUGGAAGGAGGUUUUGUUUUACCCGGUGAUGGUGCUGCCACUUAUAAGGUAGGUUUUAGAAUUGUAGUGUUUCGUCCAUUCGUUAGUGAAGUCAUUGCUGCAAGGUUCAAAGAAUCUGAUUCCAAUGGAUUGCGCUCUAUCCACGUGUACCAACUGAGCGAGGAGAUGAUGGAAAGCCUUUUGCUCCUAUGGUGGUUACUAAUUGAAGUAUCAGAAGUCAUUCCAAAAGGAAAGGUGAGUAGGGGAGUGAACCAAGGAGGUCUUGAUUACUACCACAAACUCUUAGAUGCACUACUCGAAAAGAAUAUAACGCCUUUCGUUACCCUCUUUCACUGGGAUCUUCCUCAAACACUCCAAGAUGAGUAUGAAGGUUUCUUGGACCGCCAGAUCAUACAAAAUUUCAAAGACUACGCGGAUCUAUGUUUCAAAGAAUUUGGUGGAAAGGUAAAGCACUGGAUCACCAUCAACCAGCUAUACACAGUGCCUACAAGAGGCUAUGCUAUCAGAACAGAUGCACCAGGUCGAUGUUCUCCUAUGGUUUAUACCAAGCACAGGUGUUACGGUGGAAAUUCUUCAACAGAAGCCUACAUCGUUGCACAUAACCAGCUUCUUGCUCAUGCCACGGUCGCCGAUCAUUACAGGAAGAACUAUGCGGUGAGUAGUCUCGAUAUGUGAAAAGGUGGUGUAAUCUUCACAUAUCUGAUUCUAAUCUAGUCAUAUAUAUAUCACGUGUUUAACAGUGCCAAAAAAGGGAAGAUUGGACCUGUGAUGAUAACUAGAUGGUUUCUUCCAUAUGAUGAGUCUGAUCCUGCCUCCAUAGAAGCAGCUGAGAGGAUGAACCAAUUCUUCCAUGGAUGGUACAUGGAGCCGCUUACAAAGGGUAGAUACCCAGACAUCAUGAGGCAGAAUGUGGGUAGUAGGCUUCCCAACUUUACCGAGGAAGAAGCCGCACUCGUUGCUGGUUCAUAUGAUUUUCUUGGUCUCAACUAUUACGUCACUCAGUACGCCCAGCCGAAACCUAACCCAUAUCCUUCAGAGACUCACACUGCCAUGAUGGACGCUGGCGUAA